CUAUGUAUACCUAAAUAUAGAAAGUUCAACAAAAUGUCUCGAAUGCCUGAAAAACUUCGGAUCCAAAAAUAUUCGCAUUACGCAACGAACUCGCCUUUGAAACCAACAAGGGACGAUAUUUUUAAAGCCGCGAUGAAAGAAAGAAGACAAAAUGAUAGGGCGGAGUUUGUUCUUGACGGUGUUCGAGAACAUACAAAGCAUGCUUCAGUGAUUCCAUCAUACAACGCUUUUAAUGAUCGCCACUCUCAAGUUUAUUUCCGAUCACCCCGCGUUCAAGCAAUGCUCAGAAAAGUCGAAGAAAUAGAAAAGAAUCAAAAUUCAGCUGAAGGUAUUGAAAAUUUUAAACUCUCAACAAGACAAAGAAUUCCUCACACGCCAUACAAAGAGGCUAUUACACGUAAGGAAUCAAGAUUUGUUAUUGAUUGCGUUCGUACUGACACACUUAAAUCAAAAAGAAAACCAGUCAUACCUUCUUAUAACGCCAUUGAAGAUGAACAUUCUCAAAGCUAUUUUAGAAAAAAAGAGUGUUAGACAACUUGUGAAACGAACUCUCAAUAUGAAAAUAUAAUUCACGAACUCGUAAUUUUAUUAUUAUUCUAUAAUACUGUUGAACUGUUAUACUUUGUACUGUCACACAUAUAUGGAAUGUAUAUCCAUCCAAAGCCAAACACAAUGUCCACCCAGUUGAAAUAGCACUCUUAACCCAUGCUGUCUCAAAGAAACGGGAUUGGUGAAAUAUAAAAUUUGCACAUGAUGUGAUGGAAUUAUUACGAAUCUGAAUACUCAAAGGCUUGGAACAAAUUUAUAUCCUUUUCAUUCGUUCGUUUUUCAUUUGUUAGUUUUCUCACAUUUUAUUCAUUAUUUCUCUUAAUCUUUACUUUUAACAGUAUUUUUCCACGAACACUGUUAUUGAUUUUGCAACUCUGUUUUUACCACAUCCAUCAGCUAUAUCUAGAAAAGUGUUUUAUUGAUGUGAUAGUG